GUCACCGUUAGAGAAGUUUUUUUUUUUUGCUAACAUUAUUUUUUUUUUUUUGCUAACAUGUUAGAGAAGUUGUAAGAACUAUUUCUAAACUUGUUACAAGAGAGUAAACAUCAGUUUGUUAUAAUAUUAAAAGAAGAGAUGUAAGAACUAAUUACUUGUAUCUAUAAGUUUCUAAUGUCACAAGUAAUGAUUUGUGAUGAGAUGGAUUCUCUUAACAACACAGAAACUGAGAUUCAGAAUCUGAAUAACCAUAAUAAUGGGAAUAAUUUAAAAUUUUACUCCGCGGGAUUAGCUUAUUAGCAUAUUUUUUUAGAUGAAUGUCAUUUUGGACAUUGGUUACGUCAAAUCUAUUCACUAACAUUACAUGUAGUACCAUUUAAAUUGUUUUUUCGUUAGAAAAAUGGUUUAAACAUGUCUCAUCUUCUUGACUCUGCUUUUGAAGUUGUAGACUUGUGAAAAUCGAUCAUACUAAGAAACGAAAGGGCAUACAUAUUGGCCCAGUAUUUUAAGUCAUCCUAGCCCAAUAACGGCCCAAUAAGUCAUUCACCUUUCAACAUCCUCCAAGUCAAAUCUCCGGCGAACGUUUGCCACUUUGAUGGAUUCUCAACCUCCGGCGAACGGGUCCUCCCCGUCGACGAUCGGAGGAGACCUUUGGAAUCGCGUCGCCUCCUUGAUUCCAACUUCCGAUUCCAUUUUCCCCGGAAAAUUCUCCAGUCUCUAUCGCCAAACCUUCGCCAAGAAACGACAUAUCUCUUUUCCUCUUCCUCUACCCAGCAACAUCUCGGCGGAUACGUCUAGGAUCUACGUUGCGUUGGAGGAGAUAAUGGCUGACGUUCUCUCCAACUUGCAUGAUAUCCAGAAGAGUUUGGAGUUUUGGCAAUCUAGAGCUGAGGGCUCUAAUGCUCGGAAAGCUUACUUCAUGGUUUUUGAGAGAGGACCUGUAGCUUUUGUUGAUGAGAGUGUGAAGCUCGUCCGCAAAGGUCUUAGUGAGGAGGAUUCUGCUAUGCAGCAUCUUUGUCAGUCGUCUUCGUCUCAUAUGUUAGAUAGGAUGAGGGUUUUGAUGGAGUUGAGAUCUUCACUCGCUUCCUUUCUUGCUCAGCUUUAUGUUGAGUUGGAUAAGCGUGGUGAAGAUCUUUUGAAAAAUCCGGAGAAGUCACUGCCGUCGUUGUUGGUUGUUAUUGAUCGAUUGUUUUCGAAUUUGGAGGGCUCUUUCAGCCAUUUACAUGCUGCACGCGAGUCUGAUUCUUCUAUUGAUGGAAGUUACUCAAUGCCUCUUGUCUUUGAUCGACUGCCUGAGGUUAAUGAAGAAGGAUCCCAGUGGACUGAUUGUGAACUUACCGAUGCGAUCAAUCUGGUUCAUAAGAAUUUGGAGAAACUUAACUCAUAUUUAUCAGUUAUGGUAGGCAAACAUCGAAAACCAAGGAGGAUGACCCUGUACUGGGUCCGAUAUACAUGUGGUGCAGUUGGGAUUUCUGUCUUUUCUAUAUGGCUACUACGCCACAGUAGUUUGAUGGGAAGUUCUGACAUCGAGAAUUGGAUUCAUGAUGCAAAAGAGGCAACCGUGAGCUUCUUCAGUGAUCAUGUUGAGCAACCGCUGCUUGCCAUUAGGGAUGAGCUUUUUGAUACUUUCCGGAAAAGACACAAGGGUGUCAUGGAAGCUGAAGAAGUGCAGCUGACGCAAGACUCACUGCAUAGAAUGCUGAGGAAUUUCUGCGAGCAGGCUACGCCUGAAAAGGUAUCAGACAAUGCAACGGAUCAGGAGAUGCUUGAAGUUGUUAUGCACCGGUAUGAAAAGGAACUUGUGCACCCUAUACACAACCUCCUUAGCGGAGAGCUUGCCCGGGGUAUGCUUAUCCAGGUCCAGAAGCUUAAACUGGAUAUAGAAACAGCCAUGCUGGAACUGGAACAGAUACUUCGUGCGAAUGAGAUAAACUUUGCCAUUCUAGCUGCAUUACCUGCAUUCUUUCUCAGCCUUGGUAUGCUCGCAUUGCUUCGGACAUGGCUUAAACAGGAUAGCAAAGCUCAAGGACGCGGAAGGAUUGCGCGUAUUCACAGGAGGCUACUCGUCGUUGAAAUUGAAAAGAGAAUCAUGCAGUAUCAGAGCUACGUUGAACAAGGACGUGAUAAGGAUGCAGAAACCGUAUUCGGUUUGCUGAUAUACAGCCUUGAGCGUUUGUACCGGGUUGUUGAGACUCCUGCAAAAACUAGCGGCGAGUGGGAUCUAGUGAAACAAGAUCUGAUCGAGUUAGGAAGGCCACAGCAGGAAACGUCGUACAAGCUAACUGUGACACAGCGACUUACUACUGUUUACGACUGCUUGCUUCCCUCUCUGAAGCGACAAUAACUUGUCACGGGUUCUUGAUCUCCCUUUGUGAAAUACCAAUUUGUUCAAAUAUUUUUCAACAAUUCUUGCGUGAUGGCCUUUUGGGAAGCUGCAACAAAAGCCUUUUUUUUUCACUUGAGAUGGUAAAACAAAGUUACACUUGGUUUCUUUGAGAAUUGUAAAUCACAAUCAGUUUUAACAUCUCUUAUCAGGUAUACAA